AUGUUAGGUAACAGCGGCACAAUUCACCUCCUACGGCUGGUUGCUGUUGAUACCACCAAUCGUAACCAGUAUCAGUCGAGUGGUAAUAGUCAGUAUGAAGUAAUUCUUGCUGGACUUUCAAAUGUUUAUUCCAGUUAUAUUGCCACUACUGAAGAAUAUCAGCUUCAACGGUAUGAGGGUGCAUCAACUAUUUAUGGUCAGUAUACACUUCCUGCUUACGUACAACAGUUCGCUAAAUUAACUUGGUCGUUAGUUCAAAAAAGAAAACUCGAUCCGGGCCCAGCAGCUCCAUACUUUGUCGGAAAAUUGCUAAGCCUUGUGCCAAAGGUCAUUUAUGAUACUGCACCGCUUGGAAAACGUUUUGGCAGUGUACUUAAACAACCACAAGCAGUUUAUUACAAUAAAAAUGAUACUGUAGAGGUGCGAUUUGUCACUGCAUCACCACGUAACAAUAUACGUUCAAAUGGAACAUAUUUGACCGUUGAAAAAUUGAAUGAAAAACUACGGAAAUGGGAAAUUCUCUAUACAGAUGCCAAUUGGGAGACAAAAUUUGUUUGGAAAAGGAGCGGCUUCUUCACUUGGCUACUAGGUCAAAGUGAUGCUAUCAUCACAUGGACAGUUAGUUCAAUUGAUGGUAGUUGCACUCCAGCUAAUUUUAAUCUUCUCAGUUUAAUUUCAUUGCACAGAGUCAUUAUAUCAAAGUUGAAAGUAGUCAGCGUCAGACAGAAAUUUUCAGAUUAUUUUCUGCAGUCAACAACUGAUUGA